GUCAGUGGGCAUUAAGUUCGAUGAUGAAGUUCAAGCUUUACUACUGCUAUCGUCUUUACCUGAUAGUUGGUCCGGAACGGUUACAGCGGUUACCGGUUCAGUGGGGCCUGAUGGAUUCACCUUUGAUCAGAUUCGAGAUCUCGUUCUUGGCGAGGAUGUCAGAAGAAAGAGUUCAGGGGAGUCAUCUGGUGAAUUACUUCAUGUUGGUAGAGGCAGAAGAAAUAGCAGAGGUAGUGGGAGCAAGAACAGACAAAGGAGUCAGUCGAAGACUCGUGACAGCUCAGGUCGAUGAAGCAUUGCAGAAUCUAGUUUUUGGAGACUUUGGAAAGGUACGACUAGCGGACGACAGAGCUCUUGAUGUGACGGGCAUGAGUGACAUGGUGUUGAAGACCUCAGUCGGUCUAUGGACUUUGAAGGAUGUCAGAGUGGUUCCAGCCUUGAAGAAAAGUUUGAUUUCUGUCAGGCAGUUGGACGAACAGGGACACGAGGUGAAGUUCAGAGAUGGGCAGUGGAAGGUCGUGAAGGGAAAUCUUGUCAUGGCCCGCGGAAGAAAGAGUGGUUCGCUGUAUAUGGUCGAGUUACCAUCUGAGGGAGUGACCGUCCCAGUUCAGAAGAAAAACAAAGUCCGGUUCACAGAGUCUCGUGGGCAAAAUAAGGUUGUCUGUGCAAGAGAGAAACUUAGAGCCACUGGUCAGACUCAGGAUGAACGAGCGUGGAAAGGUUCAAGGAGGCCAGUUAGAGGUAUUUGUGGCAGUGGGAGCUCAAGAGGCGCUUCAGCCAAGUUGCCUAGAAGACAGUGGGUCAGGAGAACCAGUAUUCCAGCUGUUGGAACAUCUCCAGAAAAUUUCUUGCUGAGUAUGGAGAGUGUUUGUUCUCAAGAUGUUCCAAGAUCCGGCAGUGUGCGUCUGCAGUGGGAGCCGGUAGGGACCGAGGACGAGUCAGGGGCAGAUUUUGCCGUGACUGAUGUGUUGGAGCUUGGGAGAGCUUCAACGGGCCUUUCAGGAGCGUCACCGCUGCUGAGGAGGCCAACUACCAUUGCUGCUGUUGCCGUGGGUCACAUCGUCACCGUUUGUGUGCGAGCAAUCGAUAACCUUCCUCCAAAAUUGACUUAUGUUGUACAGGGGGAAUAGUAUAAUCAGAUGUACGUAAUAAUUUGAGGACAAAUUU